UUCUGAACGACGGACGAGUUAAGGUCGCGGUCGGUCGAAAAGUGAAAAGUUGACCGAAAAUCUCGAAUUGAAUCCCUUCCAGCAGCAUCCAGUGCCGCAUCAACAAUAGCCAGAGAGCCGCACUCCGUCUUGUCAGCAGUGUGCAGCAAGAAGCGAUUGGGAUACUGCAUAAAAUGUUACGAACAAUCAUCGUACGAAACGAGAAUUUCCUGCUUCAGGGCUCGGUCCGCAAGGCACUGAAGGGCACGGCCGUGCGUGCUUUCAGCAGUGAGUGUGCCAAACGAACUGCCUCCGGCCACCGCAGAAACUCGCACAAUUUGUCCAACGGAAGCAACAACUUCAAGCAGACAGCAUGGAGAACGAAUUUCGUCCGAGGAUAUUGCAGCGGCUUCCCGGCACACUCGAAAGUGCUGCUGCCGGCACUAUCGCCCACCAUGGAGCUGGGAACCAUCGUCAGCUGGGAGAAAAAGGAAGGCGACAAGCUGAAUGAAGGCGAUUUACUGGCUGAAAUCGAAACCGAUAAAGCGACCAUGGGUUUCGAGACACCCGAAGAGGGUUAUCUGGCGAAGAUUUUGGUAGCCGCCGGUCAAAAGGACGUCCCGAUCGGUAAACUCGUCUGCAUCAUCGUGGAAAACGAGGCGGACGUAGCAGCGUUCAAGGAUUACAAGGACACAGGAGCGGCGCCAGCCAAACCGGCCGCUGCACCAGCUCCACCACCACCGGCUGCUGCACCGCCAGCACCAACUCCACCGCCAGUGGCUGCUCCUCCGCCGGUUGCUGCUGCUCCUCAGCCCAUGACAGCAGUGGAACAGCGAGGUCCUCGCGUCUAUGCCAGCCCGAUGGCUAAAAAACUGGCCGAGCAGCAGCGCUUGCGCCUAGAGGGUAAAGGAUCCGGCCUGUUCGGUUCACUAACGUCUAAGGAUCUUGCAGGUAUGCAAGCGGCUGGUGCUCCGGCAGCUGCUGCCGUCGGUGCGGCUCCCACCAUCCCUGCCGGUGCGGCUUACGUGGACAUCCCGGUGUCGAACAUUCGUGGUGUGAUCGCGAAGCGACUGCUCGAAUCGAAGACCACCAUUCCGCACUACUACCUCACGGUGGACGUCAAUAUGGAUCAGGUGGCGAAGUUGCGAGCUCGCUUCAACAAACAGCUGGAGAAGGAAGGCGUGAAGGUGUCGAUUAACGAUUUCGUCAUCAAAGCGGCUGCCAUGGCGUGCAGAAAAGUGCCGGAAGCCAACUCGGCCUGGAUGGACACCGUCAUCCGGCAGUUCGAUGCCGUCGACGUAUCGGUCGCCGUAUCGACGGACCGUGGGCUGAUCACGCCGAUCGUGUUUUCGGCCGAUCGCAAAGGCAUCGCCGACAUCAGCAAGGACGUGAAGAAUCUGGCAGCAAAGGCGCGCGAUGGCAAGCUGCAGCCGCAAGAGUUCCAGGGUGGUACUUUCAGCGUGUCAAACCUUGGCAUGUUCGGUGUGACCCAUUUCUGUGCCAUCAUCAAUCCACCGCAGUCGUGUAUCCUAGCCGUCGGUGGCACUCAGAAGCGUCUCGUACCUGACAAGGACUCGGAAGCGGGCUUCAAGGAAAGUGACUACGUCUCGGUAACACUCAGCUGUGACCAUCGCACCGUAGAUGGUGCAGUUGGUGCUCGCUGGUUGCAGUACUUCCGUCAAUUCUUGGAAGACCCCAACUCCAUGUUGCUGUAAAGCGUUUGUAAAAACUUCCUACACGAUGGCCCUCCACGCCUUACCGCCAAGUUACGAAACGAAAUGUACAUCUAAGGGGCGCUGACGGAACAUGCUGAAAGAUGAAUGAAAGAGUAGAAACAUGAUGAUAUAGUAGCCUAAAGACCUUCGUACGGUCAGUAUGGAUAAAGUAUUGACGCUUCAGUUGCAAAAGUACUGCACACCCCGUGCGCUCGCGUACGCCGUCUCACACAUCCUUAGGAUAUUCAGUGCUAAAUUGGUAAAGCGGGGGAGGUCGACCAGCGCUCCGGACUGAUUUCCAUCUCGUUUUUGAAGGAUCUGGCCCCCACACCUGUACCAAAUAGUGUAAUAGUUCCAUACCGAGAUUGACGAACACAACAUAUAACGCAGGUCACUUUUAGCUGAUAUCGCUGCCGGAAGUAACCGAUUACCUGUUCAUAGUGUAGGCAAUAGGGAAAUGUUAAACAGUUGUACAAUAGGAAUGCGUUCCGCUCAUAACGAUCGCAAUGGUCGAUCCUGGGGGUUCGAGGGGAAACGAUACACACAAGCUAGAGAGCGAGAGAAGCCGUACAAUAGCAUCACAAAACUACAAACUGCUCGUUGGAGCGUCCUUGCGGGAAGCCAAACAAAAAAAGAAGAAUAGAUUUCGGACAAACUCGUCACAACACAACUUGCUCUGCUCUACUCUUUCGUCCAUUCGGCGCGCACAAUCGCCCCGAGGUGCCCGAGCAGGCAUUUUUCGAAUUGGAAAUCUUCCUAUAUAAGAACAUUAAAAAUGUCGGUCUUUGCGACGAACCGGAUGAUGCACGGGGGAAGAAAAAAAGACACCGAAAGCUAUGGAUGGAAAUUUUAAACUAAACUGGUUGAAUUGAUCGACGAUCGCUUGUUGAACAAGAUCUUAUUGUAUAGUUUCUUUUACGCGCUAUUAUUAUUUUAAUCAUCAAGGAAUAAAUCAAAUUUAUUUAUUGGUUACCGUGGCUCA